AUGGCUAGAGCCAACAAAACAUCAACUUCAGAUGCAUAUCCUGAAUGUGUUCAAGAAUUUAGUAUUGAGAUAGCUGAUUACAAUCCAAUUGCUCCAGCCGGCCAUAUGCCUUUACCAGAAACAAUACCAAAACGUAAUAAUGGAAAGCAGGCCAGUUUGAUUUUCGUCUUUGACGAAGCUCGCACAAUGAUUUCUCCCGAGUUCAAUUACUUCGUGCAUUUUUGCCGUGCUUUGCGGUGUAUUUCUGAAGAGGAAUUUGAUCUUCUCGUAACAACAGUAUAUCAGCAACUGUGCAACAAUAACAAAUGGCUUGAUGACAUACCCUCAGACUGGAAUGGGGUACCUGCGACACUUGAAGAUAUCAACCAUCCCUUUUGGCUGGCAUGUCUUGGACGGUCUCUUCAUGGAUCUUUCCUGCAAGCUACUAAAGAAAAUUGGGUUGUUUCAUUCCAUGCUUUAAUGAAUAUGUUGAAAAGCAAACUGCUAGGUUCAGCUUCUUCUACAUAUCUUAUGGAUCAGAGAAAGCUUUCCACAACUACAGCAUUAGCAGUCCUAGGCCCGCGAACAGCGAGACAUGUCUACAUGUGCUACCCAUCGGAACCACUCCUUGCAGAAGCGUCAGCACAACUCAUGAAUGAGACUGGAGCAAUGCGGAUGCUUUUGCCUCCACUUCUUUCUGCAGUGCAUUAUGGUUUGGUUGAGGGUGGCUAUCGAGGUGAGUUGGUGGCAUGUUGUAUCCUGCUGAUGGCAUGGGAUGAAACAUGCAAGAAACCGACAGGUUAUAAAGAAGCAAACAUGCAAUUUUCCCAGCCUCUCAGGGUGUGGGAUUAUCUGAUGACUCUUCUCGGGAAAGAUGGCAUGAAUCAAAUAGGAGGGAUCAACCAGAAAGAACACACUCGUUUCCUCAAUGGAUUCAUUUUCUUUAACCACUUUCUCUCGUUGCAGUACACUCCAAGCAAAAUGCAGCUUUUACAGUUAAUGAGGUGA